AUGACCUCCGAAAGCGGUUACUCCCGAAAAGUCGAAACAAGCAGAAAUAAGAAGAGACAGACUCUCAGGAAAAAGUAUUCAAAAUUGCUUUUGAUUCUUCCUGAUGAAAUCUUGUGUGUGAUUGCGAGCUUUUUAAAUGCCAAAUCUUUAUUAUGUUUUGCAUCAUGUAACAGUACACUGUUAGCUUUGCUUUUCAAUCAAACACCAGUGAAGGUCAAUGUUUUAUUGUCUCUUCCUAAAAUAGAGUCCAUUUUAGGAACAACAAGAUUGAUGGCCAACUCCAAACUCAUUAAGGCAUACCUUGAAGAUGAAUCUGUACCAUUUUCUCUCGCUCAAAGGCUAGUAUGGCGAUCUCUAGUACUUUAUUAUUUCCCCAUUUUCAAACAAGAAGCUUAUGGCUCUAAGAAUAUAAAGAAUUGGAUGCAUUUAUUACGACGAAGAAUAGAACACUUGAAACUGUACAAUCCUUCAGAAUUACCUCUCACGAAAGACGUUGAAAAUGUCAAUGACUGGCGAAAAGAAUUGUCCAAGUCAUUCAUUGUGGACGAUAUUGAAGGUUGUGAAUGGAUUUACAAAUGUCCUCUCAACUAUUCACAUUUGGAGAUGGUUUCGAGGAAUGAUGAUGAGAGAUUUUGCUCUGUCUGUUCGAGGAAUGUGAAAAGAGUUAAAAAUGAUGAAGAGUUUAAAGAGAUGGCCAUGCAGGGACAUUGUGUUGCCUACAGCCCUGUCUCUGAAUGGCCUGUACUCAUGGGUUUUGCCUAUAUUCCAAAUUUAAAUUAUUGA